AUGGCGGUCAUAAACACAGACUACCGAGAGCGUGUCUGCAGUGCUCUUUACCUGGAAAUUAAAGUUCGAGCUUUCAUUGGUGAGCAAGUAUCGCUGAAAUGCUCGUUCACAUCCAGUUCUCCCAUCACUGAGAGUCUGACGGUAGACUGGACGUACCGGCCCCUCACGGGUGGUCAUAUGGAGACAAUUUUUCAUUAUCAGUCUGUUGCAUACCCAACAACAGUGGGAAAGUUCAAAGACAGAAUAUCCUGGAUUGGGGAUGUUGCCAAGGGUGAUGCUUCCAUUGCUAUCCAAAGCCCAGUGAUGAGUGACAAUGGGACCUUCAUCUGCAGCGUGAAGAAUCCUCCAGACGUGUACCACAACAUUCCCCAGACGGUACUGAUCGUUACAGAGAGGGGUCUUUCCUUCCAGCUAACUUCAGCCAUGCUGUUAUCCAUAUUAGUAUUUCUCCCCUCCAUCGUUGUGGUCGUUCUGCUGUUGGUGAGGAUGGGAAGGAAAUUUGGAGUGCUGAAGGAGAAAAAAAAAUCUGGCUGUAAGAAAUCCUCCAUCGAAGUGUCUGACGAGCCUGAAUGUACAGAGACGGACAACUGCUUGGGGAGACUCAGAGUCUGGUGUUGGAAUUGUGUGGACACAGACGAGGAAGACCCAUACUGAUGAGUGACCAAAACCAUGGACAAAGAGCAAAAUUACAGCUUUGAAAAUCUUGGCUAGAUAGGUACGAAGGCUGCUGGAUAACCAGAACAGGUUGAAGGAGCUGCUCUAAUCUUGGUGGAUUGGAAAAACAAUGCUGAUGAGAGAAUUCAUUUUUAUUUAAGCACGGAAAUGAUGAUUUGUGAAAUCUUUCUAAUUUAUUGUGGUGGAGGGGAGAAAGCAACUCUUAAAACCUCACCUCUCCAGUGCCUACAGCAACCUCAGUGCCUACAGCAACCUCAGUGCCUACAGCUGUACAGUUUGUUAUUUACCAGCAAUCUGGCAAUGCGUAUUUCUUAGUUUACAUGCUGAUCUAUUUUCUUUAUUGUCAUAGCGAUAUCCCUCUUUUCCUGCACCCUUGAAUUCAAAUUGCCUGAAGCACAAACUAAUCCAGAGUAAUAUGGCAGCUCUCUAAGGUGAUGAUCAUUGUGCAUUGGCAACGUUAUCUUCCCGAUUCUUUUGGAACGUUUGGUGUUUAAAGACUUAAACCAUCCUGACUGGGUUGGUAUUUGGCAUGCUUGGUCUUGGAGCAAGGGGAACCUACUGCUUUUUAAUUCUUUCUUGGGAUGAUCUGCCAUCUAAUUACAGGAUCACCACUUUGUUUCUACUGUUUCCUGAAGUUUUUUUCGUUUUCUCUUCUUUUUAUGUCACCGUCAGCCACAGGACUGUUAUCUUACAUUGUUGGUUUUUUUGUUUUGUUCAGCAACUGCAUCAGUAGCUGCACCUCCAACUGCUUUUAGAAAUAAAGCGCAAUUCAUAUACAGCCGGGUUUUUUUUUGUUUUUGUUUUCUUUUUUUAAAUCAGCAAUGCAAAUGAGGACUGUGGACCUAGGGUGACAUAAAACCACAUCUACCUCAGCCAUUGACUCAAGGCAGUGUUCAAAGUAAGGCUUCGUGUUCAGGAAAACAAUCGUGUCGUUUGUCUCUUCUUCUAGGUACGAUUUUAAAGAAACAACUAAACAUGUCAGUACUGCCCUGUAGGGAAAAGAGUACUUUCUCUUUCAUUGACCUUGUUCAAUAAUGGAUUUCAGAAAUGAGAGCAGUGAAAUUCCUCUCUGCGUUGUAGCUGAAGAGCUCCUAUCCUUUGCUUGCUUUCUGUGCGUGGCAUUGAUCAAAUAGUGUCCUUUUACCUAUGUGUCACAAGUUUACUGCCACCUUUGAUGUGCCAUUACCAAUAAACUGCUUUGUUUCA